AGACCUCGUCUCAUCUUGAUGACGUUUACAAUUUCAAUUUACUGAGGAACUGCCGCUGGUUUCGUUGAAGCGAUUUUUCACAUCAAAAUCACGCACUUCUUCCCGUCAACCAGGUACGACACCUGUCUUCAUUGAUUUUAUAUUGUUUGUAGGGUUAUAAUACAUGAGAUUGGUGCAAUAGUUAUGUAAAUAUGUGCUGAAAUAGAGUCGUGGUGACCCUCUGACAGCUUAGCUUGCUACCACACUAGCUAGCCGACUAGCCGUGUUGGAGAGCGGUCACUGCUGCUAGCAGUGCUGCUGGUUCGUACCACCGUCAGGCAGCUAGAAGGCUGCUGCUGCUUACAUGCUGGGGUGACAGGUGACAUGACGCUCUGAAAAAGCACAACAGUGGCCGGAUGGACAGUAAACUCACAACCCUAGCACGACGUAACAACACAGACGGGUGACUAAGAAGGUAACAUGCAGCUGGUAACAUUGAGGCGCAGAUAAGGUGGAUCUGACAGUUCAUCACUGCUCAGCCCUCAAUGUAGUUUAAUCCCAUUUCCGCAACGUCAUCCCUAAAAGUUUCAUAAUAUACUAAAGGUGUGAGAAGUUAAAGCAAAUGUAGGAACAACAAACGAGGUUGUAACCAGCUGUAUAAUGUCAAUUGCGGAAUAACAUGCCCCCUAAAAAGCUCAGAUAAUGAAAAUGAAAGAGUGAUGUGUCAGUUCAUUGAGCUUAGAGGAACUAAGGAGAUUCUUGAGGACAUCUGGCCGCAAAAUCUGAAAGGUGGUUAUCCUUUUAAUUCCCAAAGCAGAAGAGGAAGUCACUCCCUGACCUUUCUGAAGUUGAAGAAAAACAGAAGUGCAUGAGUGCAGAGGGUCAUUGUAAUAUGUAGUGGGAAACUUCCUCGGUAAAUUAAGAAUCUUGGAUGAAUGCAUGUUGAAGAAAUCUCUGAUGGUGUGUUAACAGAAACAUCUACUCGCUGUCUGAUUUGGUGCUGCAGUUGUGUAGUUCUUAAAAAGUCAUAGAAACUAGGGCUGCACAAGGGAUUAUAGUGCCAUUGAUGAUAUGGCUGAUGCAUUUGUAGGGCUGGGCGAUAAAAUGAUAACAAUAAUAUAUAUAUAGAUUAAUUUCCCUCAGUAUCAAUAUAAAACAUGGUCAGUAUGCUUUUCAGUAGCAUUCUGCCAUGUUUUGGUAGACUAUAUGAAUAGCCAAUGAAAAGGGGAGUUCUCCGGGUUCACUUAGCGCUGAACCAGUCAUUUGCUAAAUUAGAACCAAGUAGCAAACGUCAGUGGUGUGGAGACAUGUUUUUGUUUUUAAGUCAGACAUGAAGCAGAGUAAUGUGCACUGCAAAUUAUGUCGAGUUCAUGGUCUCGCAAAGUCAGGGAAUACCUCAAAUCUUUUUCACCACCUGAAGCAGUGCCACGCAGCAGAGCAUGUGCAAUGCAAAGGUUUACAAACAGCCGAAACUGCCAACCAUUCAGUCCGCUUUCUCUAGUGCAACACCUUCCGACAAAAUGUCAAAGAGGCACAAAGACCUCACAGAUGCAGUUGCUUACUGCUUUGCAAAAGACAUGCUACCAAGAAGCACUGUUACAUUUCCUUUUUUAUACUGUGAUGUAUAUCGGUAUCAACUGAUAUGAAAAAAAUAUAUUGUGAUAAACUUUUUCCCAUAUUGCCCAGCCCUAGAUGCGGUUGUGUAGCUCUUAAAAAGUGAUAGAAUUUAGGGCUGUGCAAGGGAUUAUGGUGCCAUUGUUGAUAUGGCUGAUGUAUUUGCAAUGAACACUACAGAAGUUCAAAUUAUCGUAAUACCAAUUUAAGCAGGCAAUGGGGUAAUGGCCCUGUUUUUUUAAUGCAGGAAGAUGAAGCUCAACAACAGCAGUCAGCUAUCCCCACAUCAAUUACUGCCAAUCCAACACUCAACAUUUUUGAGAUUUAUUUCAAAUUCAGCUGUUAACGUAAAAGAAUAAUAGAGACAAUUAAAGACUUUGAGUUGAAUCUCGUUAACUUAUGUAUCUCACUUUAUUCACAUACACUCUAUACCUUUGUGGAGUGUUAAUCUAUUGCACCAAACAUUAAUGCACCUGUGUUGCUCCUGCAGGCUGGGCUCUUGAAUGGACUGAGUGUUUGGCCCAAAUGAGAUGACUGACCAGGGCAACAACAACCAGAACAUCUCCUGCAACCCCUUUGCUGCCCUCUUCGGCUCACUGGCUGAUGCCAAGCAGUUUGCAUCAGGCCAGAAACCACAACAGUCUGCUGAACCACCAUGUGAGUUUUCAAAGCUAGUGCACUUUUUAAACUGAAGCAUACUAAGGUCAGUGCUUAUGAGCGUCACACUGGGAAUCAGUCAAAAUGUAGCUUGUAACAAAGUAAACCAUAUGCCAUAAAGCAUUGCCCAUGUUAUUCAGCCAAGAGACACAUUAUUUUUCCUUUUGGCUUGUAUAGGACAUGCUGACAUCAAACGCAAAUGUAUCUGCACGUUCUACUAACUCUCUAUUAACUCUUUGUAUACUAACUCUGCAUACUAACUCUCUGUCUCCCAUCAUAGUGGAGGACUCAGGAGAGAGCCAGUCUGAGUCAGAAAACUCUGUAUCAGACAGCGUCGACGACAAUGACGACUCUGUGGCCGAGAUCAGCCGCUCGUUCCGAUCCCGUCAAGAGCUCUGCGAACAGCUCAAUGUCAAUCACAUGAUCCAGCGAAUAUUUCUCAUCACUCUAGACAACAGUAAGUAGAAAGAAAGAAACAUCCCAAAACUAAUUUGUAACUUAUUUCUCUUUCAUAUGUCUCAUUAGCUUUGUCAUAAACGCAACCUUAACUUUAGCUAUCAACACGUAUCCAGCCCGCAAUAGUUUCAUCGCCUAACUGACAAACCACAUCAAUCAAACGGUCCAGUUCCUACUUCAUAAACUUGCAAAUAGACUAGAAGAGUGAGAAACAAAUGUUAUAAAGGUUGCUUGCAUGUACACAUUCUGCACAUACUAGACAGUCUACUACUAUCAAACAUAUGUAAUGGCAAACCUGGUAUAACACAAACCAUCAUUUUUACUUUCUGACCCAUCUUUUCGUUGUUUUGUUUAGUUCCACAUUUCCUGAUUUUUUGUCAUUUCAAAAUAAGUACAUUUUUUAUGAUAGAGGAAAAAAGCAAAAGGUUCAAAAAUAAUUAAUUUAUGAGGCAAUCUGUUCUCUCAGGGUGAGCAUAAAUCAGGCUCCUUACACUAGCUUUUACCGUAGUGUGUGUACUACUGCAAAUCACGUGUGGAGGAGAUGACAGAAAAAAGAGGUACUUGAUUUGUACUCAAAACAAGUUUUCUUGUCAGUUGGGGAGAUUUUUGGAGUCUGGGGUCGCCAGAACACUUCAACUGCCAGCAGGGCUUUUUUUUUUUUUUUUUGAUAAGCUCCACCUUAUUUGCAUUCAAAGCGCAUGUCAUAAUAGAUAAGUCACUCGUGAGCCUGCAGCAAUGCUAUGGUUAUAACUUCAGUUCCGGCAGUUACUUUCUUAUUGAAGCCAGCUUGACUUCAGUGUAAGAUGGUAACUGUACAGUCAGAUAGUCCAUGUCGCCCUUUCACAUUUACAGCAAUCUGUUUUCUCCUUUGCUUCCAUCUAGAGAAGCAUUAGUCAUAAAGACAGCUUUUUCAGUAUGUAGCUGGGUUUUUGAAAAAAGUAUUAGCGUAGCCUGUUCUGUUUUUCAUAGAGGUAUUGUAUGAUGGUCUUAGCUCUCUUAAAUGUCAAAAGUAAGUUUCCAGUAAGUACUGCAACAAAUGAGUCACCAUCCUCAAUGACAAUACCAAGACCUUGCACAUUGUGAAUCUUCACUUUGAGAUGGCUGCUCAAGGGUGAGUCAUGAUGUGCGGGAAAAGAUGGCUAAAAGCCCCCCCACCCAUACACACACACACACACACACACACACACAUCUCACACACAAGCCAACUGAUCAAAAAUAAAGCUGUCUGCUUAUCAAGUUUCACACUUUUCAUGUCGUUUUAAAUAUUUUUUUAUUUAUUUCUGCACAAAGAUUAAUCAGUGGUAAUAAUAGUUUUUAUUUUAAGUGUCUUGUUUUUGUUUGCUAUAAUUUGAGCCAAUUGUUAUUGAGUGGAUCCGUGCUUGAUUUGCCUGUAGGUGACCCCAGUUUGAGAGGAGGGAAUGGGAUCCCCCCUCGCUGUGUUUACCUGGAGGAGAUGGCUGCAGAUCUGGAUGGACAGGACUGGUUAGACAUGGACAACAUAGAGCAGGUACUUGAGAUGUUAUGAUUCAUCAGACACUGGAAAUGCAGCUCAUUUAGAUUUGGAUGGAUUAUGCGGGAAAUAGAUACAGAAACGGAACAUAUAAGGGAUUGCAUGACACAUGAUGGUUGCUUAUAUAUCGGUGACUAAUCAGACCACUCUGUUCUCCAGGCUCUGUUUAAUCGCCUGCUGGUGCUAGAGCCAGGAAACCACCUCAUCUACAUGACGUCAUGCAGCGCUGUUAACCUGUCAGCUGACCGGGAUGCUGGAGAGAAAUGUGCCAUACCUUACCUUUUUGCAUGUUACCAGAGGGCCAAAGAGGAGGUGAGAGUUUUACCCAGAAGGCUUGUAAAUGUAGCGCUUAUCACCUCUUGAUAAAUCAUUCCCUGUAGUUGGGUUAUAAGAAUGACUCACGCUCUUCCAUAACGUGCUGUCUUGAUUUAUCUGUCCUUCAGGUGACAAAGGUACCAGAGAAGUUAUUGCCAUUUGCUGUUCGCUGUAAGAACCUGACAAUCUCUAAUACGAGGACAGUUCUGCUCACCCCGGAAAUCUAUGUCAGCCAGAAUAUCUAUGAACAGCUUCUGGACCUGCUGCUGGAAGGCUUCAGAGCACGUAGGUUCAGGAUUGGGCCCCUGUAGGCCUGACUGUUGUCUUCAUUGUGAUUAGUUUUAUUGCAAACUCCCACUGUCUGUAGUUAAUCGUUACAUUGAGUUUUCUCAUCACUUUUGUACAAAUCCUUGUUUCAGAGCCAGAGGAGGUGGUAGAGUUCGUGGAGGAGGUCAUUGCUGGCCUGCUCUCUGACCAGGAGGUACGCACCUUUGAGGAAGUGAUAGUACCAGUGCUUGAUAUCUUCCAGGGACGCAUCAAAGACCUGGACCUCUGCCAGCCAGUCCUCUACUCCUACCUGGAUGUCCUGCUUUAUUUCAGCCACCAUAAAGACAUUGCCAAGGUCAGAAGAUGGACAAAAAAAUGCCCCCAAAUGUGCUUUUUAACUUGCAUGCUAACUACCAAUGAAGUUAUGCACAAAAGUACAAAUAAUGAGAGUAUAUUAUUUAAGUGUGCCUCCCCACUACUUUUGUUUAGAUUUCCACAUGUUUUCUAAAGUUGUAUUUUUUUCUUUUGAAGGUUUUGGUGGAGCACAUUCAGCCUAAAGACCCAGCUAAUGGUUUACAGUACCAGAAGACCCUUCUUGGAGCAGUGUUGAGUAUCUCCUGCUUGUUAAAAACCCCAGGUGUAGUAGAGGGACAUGGCUACUUCCUGAACCCUUCUCGCUCCAGUGCCCAAGAGACAAAAGUCCAGGAGGCAAACAUCCACCAGGUAGACCCUGUCCUCUUAGUAUACCAUUGUCUUUUGGUGAUUUCAUAUCCUUCAUCCUAUCCUUGGGUGACCCCUAAAACUGACUAAUACUCGACAAAUUACUCUUUGUGUUGCAGUUUAUGGGGCAGUUUCACGAAAAGCUGCAUCAAAUCUUAAAAAACUUGCUCCAGCGAUCUGGUGAGACCCGUCACCUGCUGCUUUCAUGGCUGGGCAGCUGUCUGCAUGCCAACGCUGGCCGAACAAAGAUUUGGGCCAAUCAGAUGCCAGAGAUCUUCUUCCAGAUGUACGCCUCAGAUGCUUUCUUCUUAAAUCUGGGUGCAGCACUUCUGAAACUGUGUCAGCCCUUCUGCAGGCCUCGCUCACCCAAACUGCUCACCUUUAACCCCACCUACUGUGCCCUGAAAGAGCUGAGUGAAGAAGAGAGGCGCAAUCGCAAUGUGCACGCAAGAGGUCAAUAUAAGAGAUCAUACACAUCAAUGUGCCUUCUAUUUUCUACUCUGUCUGCUUAAAUUCAUUGUUAUUUUAGGCAGAAAUAAAACUAGAAUAGCUGCUCUGGUUUCACGUCUUGGUGUAUUGCUGUUUUUAACUGUGGUUUUUAAAAACUUGAGGUUCUUUGAGAAUACACCUAAAAUUUUCUGACUCAUACUCCUUUAUCUCUUUUACCAGGUCUUGACAAAGAGACCUGCCUGAUCCCUGUGCCCCCUCAGCAGCCAGUGGAGUCUGCGCAGUCUUAUAGUUUACUGACUGAAAAUCUCAUCCUCACACAACUAACUCUGCAUCUAGGCUUCCACAGGUACACAUCUUUAAAGAGGCACUAUCAGAAAUUCACAGCGAUGAUGUGAUGCGCAGAUGUGACAGAAAUAGUGUGUUGUAUGUUCGUAUUAAUCUUUGUUGUCUUAUUCUUUUUGUGUCCAUGAACGGUAAUGAUCCUGUGCACUGCAGACUCCACGAGCAGAUGGUGAAGAUGAACCAGUCUCUCCACCGGCUCCAAGUGACAUGGCAGGAGGCCCAGCGAUCAGGAAACCCCAUGUCAGAGCAGCUCUUAGAGCAGUUUGAGCGUCUGAUGAUUGUUUAUUUGUCUACCAAAGCUGCCACCACGCAGCCGGCAAUGCUGCAAUGCUGCCUUAACCUCCAAGCCUCCACCGGGGCUCUCCUGGUGCAGCUUGGUGUGGGAAACCAGGGGCCUGAACAUGUAGCACUCAGUUUUCCCCUGCCCUCCCUACAGAAUACUAUGCUGUGUUAUGUACCAGGUACGUCAUAUGUUCUUCUAAGCUACAAAUAAAGGAAAGCACAAACUCUGACUUUUCUUACACUGUUUUAUUGGAGCGCUGUAAAUGUUAUGAGAAUGUUCCUCAUAGAAAAAUAACAGAGACAUAAAGAGCAUAUUUGAUAUUAGAUAUUUGGACUAUAUGCAUCAGAUUUUGUAAUGUUUUGAUAUUGUGGUUGUUAACUGGUUGCACGGACUAAUCAUGACUCCUGUGUUCCAUUUGACAGAGUUUUUUGCAGAGAACUUGGGAGAUUUUUUCAUCUUCCUGCGUCGGUUUGCAGAUGAUGUUUUGGAGACUUCUGCAGAAAGUCUGGAGCAGAUUCUGAACUUCAUCACUGUCUUCAUGGGGAACGUAGAGAGGUACUUUUUCAACUCUAUACUCCAAAAAUUGAUCACACUGAAACCAAAAGUGUCUCAUUUUCUUAUCCCCUCUUUUGGUUUCUGGCUGAAUCAUUUUCUAGAAGUCCUGAUCAGAGGGACUUUACAGGGCUGAUGUUAGAAUCCAUUAAGCUUAAAUAUCUGUGAGAGAUUUUACCUAAAACCUCUUGUGAGAAUUUUCACAAAGAACCCACGUAGGAGGGUUUAAUCUCAAUCGUUUCUCUGAAAGAGUAUUUUACUGAGAUCCCUUUUAUAAUCGAAGAAUUUGACUUUUCAAACAGAGUCUUUCAUAAGAGUUUAAUUUGAAAUAUAAGAGAGGUUAGUGGCAUGUCAAGGUCCAGUUACCAUACAAGAUUAAUUAAAAAACCAUCUACAAACAACAGGAGUGUGGGCACAUUGAAACAUGGCGGUGAAAAAGACUGAAUAAGCAUCUCCUCCUGUUAUUAGCCUCCACUGGCACUCUGAUGUUUUUCAGCAAGGCUGUGUUUAUGUGUGGGAGUUGAUCUACUACCAUCUGUCCACCGUAUUGUAACAAUGCAUACAUAGAUAAGAUCACACAUUGUGCCAAUAGAGGCGUAAUCAAAGGUCAGCACUCUUUUAUACAGUCAUCUUAAAAAUGACCCCUGAAGAAAGCUUCCUCUUCCGCAGAUGCUCACCUUUGGUAGCAUCUCACCCCGGAGGUUAAAACAGUUUUUGAAAUCCUCUCUUAAGAGCGUAUCAUUUCAGAAAUGUUCAAUACCAUAUGCUGCAUAUUCACAACAGAAUGAAGAACCCUCAUUUACGAGCGAAGCUGGCGGAGGUCUUGGAGGCAGUGAUGCCCCACAUGGAGCCGCUCGCUCCUGAUGCUCUUCAGCCAAUUGUGUACCAGCGUGAGCGAGUCUUCUGCUCUUACAGGCAUGCACCCCAGCUGGCUGAGGCCCUCAUCACUGUGUUUGUAGACAUCGAAUUUACAGGUGAGGCGGUGCAUUAAUUGAGGGUUCGGACUUAUCGGUGCUUAUCACGGAAAAGUUAAAUAUGGAACUUUGAACUUUCCUCUUUUUAAGGCGACCCUCAUCAGUUUGAACAGAAAUUCAACUACAGGAGACCCAUGUACCCCAUCCUUAAGUACAUGUGGGGCAAAGAGAACUACAGAGAAAGCAUCAAGGUAAGAAAAAGGAGACUUCACUCAUUUAAUUAAAUUAAAAAUCCUUUAUUUAAUUUCUUUGUCGUAUUUAGUCAUAUUAAUAAUACUCAGAGUUGAACUACUUAACAUAACUACAUAACAACGUCGGAUUUUGAUGAAUAUUGGCAGGAUGGCAGUUAGAAAGAACACGCAGUAGGUGUUACUGAUGCGUGGUGAGUGCACAUUAAAGACCUUAAUGGACUAUGAAGUGCAUUACAGAAUCUAUUAGCAGGUAGUUAUAUUGAUAGCAUGCAUUAAUUUUUGUUGAUGUGCAGCUAAUUAACUCCACCAUAAGCCCUGUUUCUCUGUGUUAACUCACUACAUCUUUCAGGUGGUUUUUAUUAUGAGAGCAAUUGUCAGGAAAGAAAAUAGCCCCUGGUGCUUUAUUGUGCUCUUGUAGUGAGCAGGUAAACUUAACACCAGAAUAUUUUACUUUGAUUAAUUUAAUGCAAGAUAGGAUGGGCUUUGGGCCCUUGCAACUGUCACUAGCUGUGAUAGCGGUGAUAGAUUUUGCUCAUCACUCGGUACAGGGAUACUGUGGUUUAUUAUACAGAGUGAUGUCUUCGUUUCCUUCAUUAUUUUUAUAUCUUUUUUCCAGCAUUUGGCACAUUAUGCAUCUGAAAACCUGGAGGCCAUGAACCCCCCUCUGUUCCUUAGGUUUCUUAACCUUCUGAUGAAUGAUGCCAUCUUCCUCCUGGAUGAAGCCAUUCAGGUAAAUAGUAGCUUAUCCACAUACACAUUGCUGUUAAUUUGGCUAUCACAGUUCUGUUUUGCAGUGUAAAUUAUCAAUGAUUUUUGUGUUUUUGCAGGUAGAUAGAUAAAUACUUAAUUUCUUGCUGGAAAUUGCAUCAUUACAGAAACCGCAGUCGGUCAGACAAAAUCUUCAAACAGAUGUUCAGGCACAUUAAAGCAAUCGACCAUAUGGUUAUUUAAUAAAUCUUUUGGAAAUAAGAUUUUUAUUUCUUAUUUUUGCAGUCUGUAAUCAUAAGAAAAAGUGUAAUGCUCUUUUUUUCUUGUAUUGCAGUACCUGAGUAAAAUUAAGGUUCUGCAGCUGGAGCGGGAUCGAGGAGAGUGGGAGGGUCUGGCCCCUGAUGCCCGGAGAGAGAAGGAGUCCAGCCUGCAAAUGUUUGGACAGCUGGGACGCUUCCACAACAUCAUGUCCAAUGAGACCAUCGGCACACUGGCCUUCCUCACCUCAGGUCAGGCUGAAAAGACUUGCCUUUUCAUAUUGAUGCACCCUUUCAGGGCGUGUCUUCAUCUGCCCCAUUAUUUUUCUCUUGUCAUUUCAUUCAUUUUCAGAGAUCAAGGGGAUCUUUGUGCACCCCUUCCUGGCUGAGAGGAUCAUCUCAAUGCUUAACUAUUUCCUGCAGCAUCUGGUGGGUCCUAAGAUGGGAGCCCUUAAAGUCAAGGACUUCAGUGAGUUUGACUUUAAGCCCCAGCAGCUUGUUUCUGACAUCUGCACCAUCUACCUGAACCUGGGGUAUGUAGUGGACGUGUGUCUUGGUUGAAUCAUCAGCAGGAAAUAAACAAUUGUCUUCCGUGUGUGAUUUGUUCAACCUGACGUCUUUUCCCUCCCUGUUCCUGUUGAUGGCAGAGAUGAGGAGAAUUUCUGUGCCACAGUCCCAAAAGAUGGACGGUCCUACUCUCCGACCCUCUUCUCCCAAACAGUUAGAGUACUAAAGAAAAUAAACAAGCCUGGGGACAUGAUAGUGGCUUUUGGACUUCUUGCUGAUAAAAUCAAGGUAUCUUUUUUUUUAACCGUUUGCCCGUGAUAACUCAAGAAUCAAUCUUUAUUUUCUGAAUUCUUGCAUUUGUCUCUUUUAUGGACACAGCUACUGUUAAUUUAGUUAUUGAAUUUAGUUAAAUUUUAUUCUGUCUUUCUUGUGUUGUUUUAGUCAAGAUUUAGUUUAGAAACAUUGAGUCUCAUUUCAGUCAGUGUGUUUUUUUCCUCUGUCCUUUAUCAACCCCAUACUCCAUUCUAAUCGGAAUGAAUAAAAAUGUGUCCACAGGUCGUCACUUUUCCUCUUUCCCUGCCAUCUAAGCCACAGGUUUUAAUCAGGCACUUGUUUUUUUGUGAGACCUGCUGCCAGAAUAAGUUAAGCUUGGCUUUUGAUAAGAUUGUUGAUAGCUGAGUUGUUUGGCUUCCUACCAGAGAUCGGUAAACAAACCUCAUACUGACAUCCAACAGGCGGAAAAUUCAUUUGAUGACAACAAAGGAGUCAAUUAUUUCACCUCAUUAUUAUUUGUCGGAGCAAUUAUGAACGUAAUUUUUGCCACAAUUGUCAUUGUCAGCAUGCUUAUUGUUACAUCAUCGUCUCUAUUGAGUGCAUCAUUGAAAACUUAUAGCCAUUGUAUUUCUUUACAUAACUAGCACUGGAUGCACCUAGAAACACUGAAGUGGUGUUUUCAUUGCGUCUUCUUUACAGUCACAUGCAGACAGACAACAGCAGGAGGAGGAGACGUAUUCGGACGCCCCAGAUGAGUUCUUGGAUCCCAUCAUGUCGACUCUGAUGUUGGAUCCUGUGCUCCUCCCUUCCUCAAAUGUCACAGUCGACCGCUCAACUAUAGCAAGGCAUCUCCUCAGGUUGGUUUCUGCAAAGUGAUGAAAUGCUAUUAAGAUUAUAUCUACUUGACAAAUUGGGAUGUUUGUGUACCUACGCUGUAAGUAAGAAUAAUCUUUAAUCUCUCUUACAGUGACCAGACAGACCCUUUCAAUCGUAGUCCUCUUACCAUGGACCAGAUUAGGCCAAAUGAGGAACUCAAACAACAGAUCUUACAGUGGCUGGAUAAGCAUAAGCAGGAGCGGCUGCAGAUGGGGCCCAGUGGCUAGCCCCGAUCCCUUGCUGCGGUAGACAAUAACCACAACCUUGCUUCUUUUUCUUGGCCCAUGUCUCUCUGGUCCCUGUGCUUAUUGGCUGAUCCAUGAGGGGCUUGCCUUUGUUACUCUCCCCAUCUCUUUUUCGUUACACCUGCUUCUUCACACAGCCUUCCCGCUCAGUGGAUUCUUUCUGCAACUGCAAACUGUGGCACUUCAGGUUCCAUGCACAGUAGCUGUUUGACUUUAAUUACACCCUGUGGUAACAUUAGCAGGGUGAUAACCCCUCUUCCUGAAUACUGUGUAUUAGCUAGUAAUCAUGACAACCAGAACUGUGGCCAGAAGUAUAAGUUUCAACAGGACUUGUUGAAUGUACUCUUUGAACUCCUGACCAGAUUUUAUACAGCAAGGUAAGUAUUUUUGGGAACUCUUCAGGCAGAACAUUUGAUGGCAACAUUUAUGAUUUCACCUUGAUUUCAGACAUAUUAUGCACUGCCUUUUAAAGUUCUUGAACGCCCCAUAUUACCACACUUUUAGUUAAAUCACAAGAUUGUAAAUAAAACAAGCAACUAAAGGUUAGGCAUGUGUGAAAUUGAAUUUUGUGUCAUUUUUAUUUAGGUGUAAAUAACACAAAUAUAUUUACUGAAAUAUGACACCUGUAGCACAAAACGACACUGUGAAAUAUGUAUUUAAACAUUUAAAGGUCUGCAAGUCUUAAUACGCUCCUGUCUUUAAUCAAGCAUUAAGCAAAAACAACAAAGAUGUGAGAGCUUGCUCAUUUAAAGAUUGUUGGAUACAAGGAUGCAAACUUUGUUUUAGUUAUUUCACAAUAUUAGUACAGAUUUCAACCUCAUUUUUACAAUGUAUUACAUACCCAAUAAACAUUUACAUAAUUGCACAAAUAUUGAUUGUGGAAUUCAAAUACCCAAUGGACCAGACUUGAUUAGUUCACACUCACUUCUGUGAUAGGGCUGAAUAAGGCUGAAGAAGAUCCAGACACCUGUUUUCACUUUCUGAUUGGUUCUCAAAUCUCUUGGUAAACUCUGAAGUGUCAGAAAUGUCAUGUGUCCAUAAUUCUUUUUACCAGUAAGAGUUGAAAUCGUUGUUUUCUCAGUCCACUUCUUUUAUAUCCCCUACUGCUGCUCCAUUUCUGAACAUUAGAUGAAUCACGAGAUAUUGGGUGUUCAACUAUUUUUAAUUGGCAGUGUAUAGAACAGUCAUUAUGAUCCUUAAAUGAACAUUGACCAGAUUAACUGAUUUAUCAUGACCUAGCAUUUUGAACAUUUUAGUGUGUGCAAGUGUAGUGUAUUAACACAUGGGCAAACAGUUUAUCAGUAGAAUCUGUGCCUAUAACCAAGAGCCUUGCAGUAAAUUUCUGCAAACGAGGAUCUGACUUGUUUCAGUCUCUAAAGAAUCAUAACCAUAGUUUUAUUCUUUUGGGCUUAGAUGGAUCCGUGGGUAGAAAAACAAAAGAAUGAAGAUCGGAAAAUGAUGUUUUAAUGAGUAUUUCUUUGAAUUCUCGAAAUUCAAACUAAGUGGUGGUGUAUAAAAUGGCAAAAAGUAAGAGUAAAACUUUAUGUUGGCAUGCCCUCAUACUGUAUGUUGAAUAUCUACCACCUGAAUGAUUACAUGGGUUAAAUUAUACUGCAAUAUUUUUGUUUUAAUUGUGACAAUAAAAUGUUUAUUUUGGAUGUACAGUAUGAUUAAUAAAUAAAACUAAGGUGCAUUAUGUAA